CUAUCCAGUUGUAUGCCCUGAACGGAGCGCGAUACGUUUAAUUAUUAUGUUAACUAUAUGAAGAAGCUAAUUAGUGACGAGUGUCUCGUUUUCCGGUUCGCUUUUGAGAAUAGUAGCGGAAAACGGCCCCGUCGGCCAUGGCUAAAGACCCGUUAGCCGAGGCCGGCUUUUAUUUCGAUGAGCUCAACAAGCUGCGGGUCCUGGAGCCCGACGUCAGCCAGAAAACCUCCGAGCUCAAGGAGGAGUGUAAAGAGUUCGUGGACAAAAUCGGCCAGUUUCAGAAGAUCGUGGGCGGUCUGAUUGAGCUGGUGGACGAGUUGGCCAAAGAAGCGGAGACGGAAAAGAUGAAGGCCAUCGGAGCCAGAAACCUGCUGAAGUCGGUGGAGAAGCAGCGAGAGGCUCAGCAGCAGCAGCUGCAGGCGCUCAUAGCGGAGAAGAAGAUGCAGCUGGAGAGAUACCGCAUCGAGUACGAGGCCUUGUCCAAAGUGGAGUCGGAGCAGAACGAGUUCAUCGACCAGUUCAUCCUGCAGAAGUGACGCCGCGGCGCCGCGUUCCCUCCGUGCCUGACCCGCCUCCUCCAGAGUCGCCACGGCAACCGUUUCCCUCUGAAGCGUUUCCCCCCCGAGCUCAGGGCGGCCCCGUGUCCCGCUUCUUUCCACCGCACCGCGUGUGUGUGCCUGUGUGUGUGUGUGUGUGGACGCGCAUGUGAGUGUCCUUGUGUGUGUUUGUUUGCGUGUGGGUGUGUGCCUGUGUGUGUGUGUGUGUGUGCGUUUGUGUGUGUGCCUGCGCGUGUGUGUGUGCAUUUGUGCGUGUCUGUGCCUGUGCGUGUGUGUGUGUUGCCUGUGCGUGUGUGUGUGUGCGUGUGUGUGCCUGUGUGUGCGUGUGUGUGUGUGUUGUCCGUCUCAACAUCUCUGACCAACCUCAAAGAAGGCGGAGCUAUUUAUACAGAGGAAUAUUAUUUAUACUAUUUAUACUGAAGAUUACUCUGUAUCUGUUUUACUACUUUUUGUAUCAAUUUCAAUACAGCAUGCGCAUGAAGUCUGUAAAUAUCUUUAGACUUUAAAAGAUAGAAGUUAAUGACCAUUCCCUUUGUUCCUCUGGCUCAAGCAGUGGGUUUAAUGUUUUGGUUAUACUUGAAUAAAUACUUAUUAUAUUGCACAA